AUGGAGGAGACGAAGGCGGCUGCGUCCCCGCACCCGGUCCUGAAGGCUGCUCUGGAGGGCAAUCUCCGUCUCCUCAAAGGUACCACAACCAUUACCAACCCUCUCCUCCAGCUCCCGACCUUAGUUUCUUCUCCAUCGAUCGAUGCUAAUGAGGAUAGAUCCUCGAUCGUAUGCUCAGAGCUGGCUCCCGUCGUGGCGGACGAGUGCAUCUGGAUCCGCGUGCUGUGCGUGGCGGUCAUGGAGGGCCGGCUGGACAUCUGCGCCUACCUCGUCGAGGACCUCCGCGUCGACGUCAACCAGCCCAACGACCUAGGUGAAGCCGCGCUGUUCAUCUCUGCAACUUCCAUGCUUCCAGGAAAUUGUGAAAUAGUAGAAUUGCUACUUUCAAGGGGAACUGAUGUGGAUGUUUUCGAUUCUAAGCACGGGACCCCCUUGCAUGCCGCCACUAAUCUUGGUGAAGUUGGCCCGAUGAAGGUUUUGUUGGAGCACCAUGCAGAUCCUAAUAAGGUUUUGGACCUUGAUAGUACCCCACUGAGUAUGGCCAUACAGAAAGAAUCGUUGGAAUGCGUUAAGCUACUCAUUGAGGCUGGUGCUGAUGUGAAUAAGACUGACUAUAUCGGUGUUACUCAAUUGAUGGUGGCUGCAAACAACGGCUUACCUGAUAUCAUGAGGUGCUUACUAGAUGCUGGUGCUAACCCCAACACUGGAGAUGCAUUCGGUACGACUCCAAUUGAGAUUGCUGCACUAAAAGGCAGAAGGAAUAUGGUUGAAAUGUUGUUUCCUCUAACUUCUCCUAUUUCAACAUUGCCGGAUUGGAGUACUGAUGGUAUCAUGUCUCAUGUGAAAUCCUUUGGUUUGAACCCAAGGGAUAAAAAUAAGUGUGAAAAGAGAAGAGCUGAGCUGAAAUUACAAGCUACAGAGGCUUUUAAUAGGAAGGAAUAUCUGAUAGCAGGAGAACUAUAUACUUGUGCAAUGAAAUUCGAGCCUAGUCCUAAAGAUCUUGCAAUCCUGCUAGCAAAUAGGAGCUUCUGCUUGUUGCGCCUCGGAAGAGGAAAAGAUGCUCUCUCUGAUGCUGAUGCGUGCACAAUGGUGAGACCUCGUUGGCCCAAAGGCUACUACCGAAAAGGCGCGGCUUUAAUGUUGCAGGAGGACUAUGAAAAGGCAUCCGAGGCUUUUGAAGAUGGCUUGAAGCUGGAUCCUACAAAUGUUGAUAUUGCAAAUGCUUUAAGGGAAGCCCGGGAGGCACUGAAGAACAACGAUUGUGCUGAGAAGUAA